AUGCUUCAGCGAAGUAUUCCUCGUCUUGUGCGUGACCCAGUGCCAACGGAUACCAAAGCCUUUUAUUCGUGGUUCAGCGGGCAGGCAUACCGUCAGGAACGUGUGAUACCCGGUGGCUAUCCAGCCGUGCGUGUGUAUCCUGUGUACGGCAAGCGGUGGUUUACGGGCCGGACUGUGAUGGCUAUGAUCGCAGGAUUUUCUUUGUUUGGAGCGUGGUUUCGUCCUGAAAAGGAGCGGUAUAACAUGGAGAUGAUGAUUGAAUGGUCGGAACGGCAAGCUGCUCAUCUGCCUUACCAAAAGGCAGAAGUUAAUCUGCGAUGCCUUAUAACCAGUUACAAGCGUCACCGCUACGAACAAGAAAAUCUUAUCGACAAGGGGUUUGUAGGUUUGACUUCAGAGUUCAGAAAAUUUUUUUACCACGACGAUGUAUGGCGCCCGCCUUUGCACGAUGUUCUCAUGCAUCCAUAUGCGAAAUUUGGUGGCCCCUUGUUCAGUUAUAACUGGACAAUUGGAUACUUCUAA